AUGGCUAUCCACCGCAUAAUAACCGAUCCAGCUGCCCUUCUAAUUGUCGGAACCCUUCUCUUCCUUGUCUACCUGAUAUAUCAACGAUUCUUGCAUCCGUUGGCAAAAUACCCCGGGCCGUUUCUUGCUGCCUUCACGGACUUAAACAAGUUCUCGCUGUUCUUGUCUCUGCGCAUUGACCAAAGAAUCUUUUCUUUGCAUCAAAAAUACGGACCUAUCGUACGAAUAGCUCCAAACGAGCUCAGCUUCUGGAAUCCCGAGGCCGUCGCCCCAAUCUACAAGUCCGGAAAGGCAAUGGUCAAAAGUCCAUUUUUCGAUGGAUUCAAAACAUUCAAUCCAAGUCUGUUUGGGAACCGAGAUGAAAAAGUUCACGCCCUGAGACGGCGACAGAUGGCCCAUAGUUUCUCGACGAGAUCUUUGACUGAUAUGGAGUCGAUUUUUGAUCGACAUGUCGAAAACUUGCGUCGGAAGCUAGACAAAUACGCGGUAUCGGGAGACCAGUUUGACCUCAAGGAUCUCAUUGCCUUUUAUGGCUAUGAUGUAAUUGGGGAACUGGCCUUCAAUCUCGAUUUCCACUCGCAGGAAAAGGACGACCCCGAGAAUCUUCCCCCUAUAAAUGACCAUAUCCUUCUCGGAUGCUUGUAUGGCUCUCUUCCCGGGAUCCUGCCUUGGUCAAUGAAUUUGAGCAAGUAUCUGCCGUUUUCAUGGCUCCGCAAGUUGCUCGGGAGCCGGCAAAAGAUUCGCAGCACGGUGGCACAAUGCGUGGAGGACAAGACGAGUGAAUCUUCUGGAAAAACACUUCUCACAAACCUCCAGAAGGCAAAAGACCCAGAAACGGGCGAGGAAUUGUCAAAUAUCGAAAUCAACUCCGAAGCGUUUGGAUUCCUUGUUGCUGGUUCGCACACUACAUCAGGGACCUUGACUUUAUUUUUUCACCAUCUUCUUCACAACCCCGACGUUCGGCGCCGGUUGGAGGAGGAGAUUUGUCAAAAGCUGCCGAUCAUUGAGCACGGCGCCUAUCCGUUUCCUGGGCUGGAGAAAAUGUUGCCGUUUAUGACGGCAUGUAUCCGUGAGAAUUUCCGUCACUCGCCAGUCUUUACUAUGCCAUUGACACGGACUGUGAUGGAUCAUGCGGGGAUGAUUAUCGAUGGAGAACGGAUCCCUCGGGGAGUCAAUGUGUCCAUCUCGAACUACUCAUUGCACCACAAUCCGUCCAUUUGGGGACCUGAUCAUGACGAAUUCAACCCUGAUCGUUGGUUGGCUUCCGACGGCACGGCACAGGAUAAAUUACAGUAUCUAAUGCAUUUCGGAGUGGGUCAUAGGAUGUGCAUUGGACGCAACAUUGCGACAAUAAGUAUUGUCAAGAUUAUCACGACUCUAUUUCGAUCCUAUGAUUUUGACGUGAUGGAUAAGGAUGAGCGCCUUGAUGUCAUGACUGUUGGCAUUGGUGAGAAGGAAGGUCCAUUGUGGUGUCGUGUGAGCUGGAGAGAGUAA